UACAGUUUUGGUCUCCAAAUCUGAGGAAGGACAUUAUUGCCAUAGAGGGAGUGCAGAGACGGUUCACCAGACUGAUUCCUGGGAUGUCAGGACUGUCUUAUGAAGAAAGACUGGAUAGACUUGGUUUAUACUCUCCAGAAUUUAGGAGAUUGAGAGGGGAUCUUAUAGAAACUUACAAAAUUCUUAAGGGGUUGGACAGGCUAGAUGCAGGAAGAUUGUUCCCGAUGUUGGGGAAGUCCAGGACAAGGGGUCACAGCUUAAGGAUAAGGGGGAAAUUCUUUAAAAACGAGAUGAGAAGAACUUUUUUCACACGGAGAGUGGUGAAUCUCUGGAACUCUCUGCCGCAGAGGGUAGUCGAGGCCAGUUCAUUGGCUAUAAUUAAGAGGGAGUUAGAUGUGGCCCUUGUGGCUAAAGGGAUCAGGGGGUAUGGAGAGAAGGCAGGUACAGGAUACUGAGUUGGAUGAUCAGCCAUGAUCAUAUUGAAUGGCGGUGCAGGCUCGAAGGGCCGAAUGGCCUACUCCUGCACCUAAUUUCUAUGUUUCUAUGAAAGAUUGUAUGGACUCGGCUUGUACUCGCUAGAAUUUAGACGAUUUAGGGGGGAUCUUAUAGAAACUAACAAAAUGUUUAAGCUGUUGAACAGGCUAGGUGCAGGAAGAUUGUUCCCGAUGUUGGGGAAGUCCAGGACAAGGGGUCACAGUUUAAGGAAAAACGGGAAAUCUUUUAGGACUGAGAGGAGAAAAAACAUUUUUCACGCCGAGAGUGGUGAAUCUCUGGAAUUCUCUGCCACAGAAUGUCGUUGAGGCAAGUUCAUUGGAUAUAUUUAAGAGGGAGUUAGAUGUGGCCCUUGUGGCUAAAGGGAUCAGGGGGUAUGGAGAUAAAGCAUGUACAGGAUACUGAGUUGGAUGAUCAGCCAUGAUCAUAUUGAAUGGCGGUGCAGGCUCCAAGGGCCGAAUGGCCUACUCCUGCACCUAAUGUCUAUGUUUCGAUGUUUCUAUACUCCCUGUCUCGCUGAAUUACUCCAGCAUUUUGUGUCGAUCUUGUUUCCCCCCCGUGAUGUAUUCAGUCCAUUGCCGGCGACCCCAGACAGGGCGGCACGGUGGCGCAGGCAGCGGUAGAGUUACUGCCUUACAGCGCUUGCAGCACCAGAGACCUGGGUUCGAUCCCCACUACGGGUGCUGUCUGUACGGAGUUCUCCCUGUGACCUGCGUGUGUUUUCACAUUGUAGGUAUAACUGUCCCCCAGCGAUCACGCCGGCGGCUAAAGAGUAAAGUCACCCGGCAACAAGUGAGCUCACACACAUCUUGAACCUUAUUGGAUAACGUGCAGCAAUCCAUCCAAGUACUUGACACGGGGAGAGGGAAAGUCCAGACACACAGCGGACUGGAGUAGCGAUCACAGCGGACGUUCGCUGACGGAGUCUCCUCCUGAACCGAAGUAGGAGAACACACACAACUGAAGACAAGGAGGAGCCCCGGUGCCCAGACCUCUCCCCCCCCGGGCAGUGCUGGGACCACUGGAUCAUCACACAGGCGAGACAAGGACAGUCAGAGAAGGAGAAUGGGAAAUGCCAGCUCCAGCCAACAGGCGGCUCAGUCUGAGACCCUCUCAUUCUUCACACAGGAAGAGCUCAACAAAGUGAAGUCUGAGUUCGAAACGGGAGGUGUGGAAAAUGUUCAACCUCUGCUGGAGAAGAAGGUGAAAGAACUGGACAACACCGAGCUGAACAUCGCCGUGACGGGAGACUCGGGUGCAGGAAAAUCCAGCUUCAUCAACGCCAUGAGAGGGCUUAGUAAACGAGAUGAGGGAGCGGCUGCGGUUGGGACCACGGAAACUACAAUGGAGCCAACCGGAUACCCACAUCCCACUCUGCGCUAUGUCCGCUACUGGGACCUGCCGGGGGUCGGAACUACACGAUUCACCGCGGGUUCCUACCUGAAGGAAAUGCAAUUUAAAAAAUACGAUUUCUUCAUCAUAGUGUCAGCUGGUCGAUUCAGAGAGAAUGAUGCAAAUCUUGCCACGGAGAUUAAGCGGCUGGGGAAGGAGUUCUAUUUUGUCCGCUCUAAGAUUGACGCUGACCUUUAUUCAAUGAAGCUAGAAGGGGGGGAAUUUGAUGAAGAUGCAGAAAUGGGAAAGAUCCGGAGCGACUGCGUCAGUAAAUUGGGAAAGGCCGGGAUCCCUGAUCCCAAUGUGUUCCUGAUAUCCAGUUUCAAGAAGAAUAUGUAUGAUUUCCCUCAGUUUAUGGAAGCACUUGCAGAUGGUUUACCAAGUAUAAAGGAAUCUGUCUUCAUCCUGGCCCUUCCCAACACCAGUGUGCAGAUUAUUUGGAAGAAACGUGAGGUGUUGGAGAAACGUAUCUGGAUGUUGGCGAUCAUAUCGGCAGGAGUGGGAGCGAUCCCGGUCCCGGGUCUCUCUGCCGCCUGUAACAUGGAGAUAUUGAUUGGAGCGAUAAUUGAUUUCCGUAAAUGCCUGUGUCUGGAUGAUGCAGCUCUCCGCAUAUUGGCCGAGAGAACAGGCAAGUCCGUGGAAGAUCUGAAAGCCGCAGCACAAUCAUUCCUACUGGGAGAAAUAACUGCACCCGUUAUAGUCAGGAUGGGGUUAGGUGCAGUCGGCGUCACUGUUUCAGCCGUGGAAUCCGCUCUUUACCUAAUCCCAGUAAUUGGUUCACUUUUUGGAGCCGGGUCAUCAUUUCUGAUGACCUACUCGAUACUGAGUGACGCGCUGCAACUUCUGGUCGAGUGCGCAGAGAAGGUGCUCGCUGUUGCCAAAGGCGCCGAGUAACCGCUCUGCACCAAUAUCCAUCCCGUCAUUUCACGUUGUGCUGGGCUUCAUACUUUGAAGAAAGCUAACGCCAAAUCGUGCGCUAAUUCUUACUGAUUGCUGUUUGCUUGGAGCUCUCUGUUAGACUGUCUAGGCCCACGUGAUCUCCCGUUUGCUAAACACUUUAACUCCCCCUCCCUUUCCCACACUGACCUUUCUGUCCACUGUCAGAGUGAGGCUUCAUGAAAGUUAGAGGAACAGCAUCUCAUGUUUCGCUCGGGCAGCUCACAACCCAGCGGUAUGAAUAUUAAUUAGUCCAAUGGCAAGGACCCCUUGCUUUCCCUCUCUCUCUAUCCCUCCCCCAUUCUAGUUUUCGGACUGGCUUCACUGUCCUCCCGAAUGAAUUUUUCUGGUUGAAUGCCUCCUUGGCACCUUCCCCUCACCUAACAAUGAUCCAUUCUACAUUUUCCUUCAGCAGCGUCCCCUUUGAUCUCUCGUUUUCACACCUCACCCUCCCAUAUCUCUAUGUCUCCCUCUCCAUUGACUAUCACUGAGGAAGGUCACGACACGAAACGUCGCCCAUUCCUUCUUUCUGAGAUGCUGCCUGUCCCUCUGACUUACUCCAGCAUUUUGUGCCUAUCGUCAUGUUCUCCUGAGAUGCUGCCAGGUCAACUGAGUUCCUCUAGCACUUUGUGACUUUUUUCUGUAAACCAGCAUCUGCAGUUCCCUGUUCCUGCUGUUUGCUGUAAUCAUUUUUGGAAAUAUUCCUCGUCCAUUUUGAAAAUUCUGACACUGUGGUACAUUACUGAGGGAGGGGGAGGGGCACUCAGUUGAACAGGCGGCCAUAAAGGAUCUGCGCCCUAUGUUGAACAAGUACAGAGAUAUUAUUCCCAGCAUCCUGGUGAAUGUUCACCUGUGAAGCAUCAACCCUGUGCUGGGUGAUCUGGUCAUGUUCAGCUUGCUGUGCAUCGGGUCAUGCUGUGUCCAUGUUUCACACACCACGACUACAAACACUUCAGAAGCCCCCUAAAGAUGUAAAGCACUGACCCUGAAGUAGUCACAAGCGGGACAUAUUAUAGUGGGAACCUUUGCCCCAGUGGGUCAUGUCCUGUGUUGAUCUGGCCAGCAACUCACUUGGGCAGUUUACAACCCAGCAGAAUGAAUAUUGAAUCUCUAACUUCAAGUAACCCUUGCAUCCCCUCUCUCUCCGUCCCCCCCACCACCCUCAUCAUCAUACUAGUUUCACUAUCAUCCUGUUGAGUACCACAGUCUGUAUAACUCGUUACCACCUUCCCCAUAGCCAACAAUGCACCAUUGUGGGCUCUACCUGUCCUUCAUCAUCGCGCCUUGUUUUGAUUUGUCCUUUUGCAUAUAUUUCAUCCAUUUGUUCUCUGUACCAUUCCAUAUCUCUCGUUUCCCUCUCCCUGACUCUCAAUCCGAAGAAGGGUGUCGACAUGAAAAUGCCACCUAUUCCUUUUCUCCAGAGAUGCUGCCUGUCCCGCUGAGUUACUGCAGCGUUUUGUGUCUGCCUAUGAUUCUACCAGCCCGUUUGUGUCCCUCAGAACUUCCCGACAAGCAACAAUAAACCAGUUCUCAUUCAGCAGCAAAACACUCCAAUGCAUCUACUUUGGUGUCAAUGUGAACUGGAAAGUCAGCGCCUUCAUUAGAUUGUGCCUGGCAGCGAGUGUCUGGGAAGGACGUUUCUCUCCAGGACGGGAAACUUCCAGUGUGGGGGAAAGUGGGAACGUGUCUGAGAACCUGUCACUUGUCUUAUUCCCAGUAAUCUUCACCAAGGUGAAGGAGUGGAGAUACAUCGACAAGAAGACCAACUCUCUGUGAGGGAACUGGGACCAUGUCUAUCAUCUACAGCUCCAGACAAAGAGAUAUGGAGAAUGUUUAGAACUGAUGAGAAUGACCCGCCUGAAAUACAUCCCACUGGAAUGUGGGCGGCACAGUGGCGCAGCGGUAGAGCUGCUGCCUCACAGCGCCAGAGACACGGGUUCAAUCCUGACUACGGGGGUUGUCUGUUUGUGCAUGGGCUUCCACCGGGUGCGACGGUUUCCUCCCCCACACUCCAAAGACAUACAGGUGUGUAUGUUAAUUGGCUUCUGUCAGCAUUGUAAAUUGACCCUAGUGUGUAGGAUAGUGCUAGUGUACGGGAUGAUCGAUGGGCCGCAUGUAAUCAGUGGGCCGAAGGGCCUGUUUCCGCGCUGUAUCUCUAAACUAAACUAAACUGUAACCACGACUGUUUUGGUAUUAUUUUGCAUUCUGUUAUUAUAUGAAAACAUUGUUUCUAAUGUAACCGACAAUUACUAUUGCAGCUUUGAUCAUACAGCUCGUUGAUUGAGCAGGAAAUGCUGAUGGUAAAAUAAGCCACAUUGGGGGGUUUAAUAUGUACUUGUGUAGUAAUGUGGACCCUGUUCCCUUCAACUGACUUGUUGAUGGGGAAUGUGUGUAAUCAGAUUAGUCUCGCACAGCAACAGGUGAUUCUUUGACAUGAUAUGUAACACUGUUGCUGUUGAUGGGUCAACACAUGUGAACUGUUUAGACAAGUAGAGUUGUAUCUAUUGUUAAUUAACAAGCUUGCUUCAGUACUAAUAUACACAAUAAAAGUUCUAUAUAAAGCCAAA